AUGCACUGGGACAGCCGGGAGGCUCCCAGGUUUCCGCUGCUCACCCUGCAAGAAGACUCUGUACUUCCGGCGUCAGGCUUUGGGAGACGGGAAACGGGUUUCCCUCGAGCAUCCCGAGCCACGAGUCCGGAGGCCGCGUCACGACGCCACCACAAAGAAGCUGCUGCAAGCAAGUGGCUGAAAUAUCAGAACCUCACCCAGCGCGGCACUGAGCAUGAUGCGGCUGGUAGCGCCCAUACUGUGCUCGUCGGGGGCCCGGGGCCCAGGCAGCAGGACGCCCUGCAUGCCAGCCCCGUAGACUCUGAGCACCUGCAGAGGAUCAAGGACAUGCUCGGGCCCCAGCAGCAGGCUUACCGCAGCCAGGACCCGGGGUCCGGAGGCAAAGCAUUCCCUGAGGUAAAUUGCUCUGAGCUAUGCUUCCCAAGUGGCCAGAAAACAAAAUCUGCUUAUCUUCCCCAAAGGCAUGUUCACAUACCAGCUGUCUUUCAGUCUCCUGCACAGUAUAAACAGAUUUUUACAUCGUGUCUCAUAGAACAUCUAAAUAUAAUGCUGUUUGGAUUGGCCCAAAGGCUGCACAGAGCCCUCGCAAAAGUGGACAUUUCGUUUUACACAUCGCCAAAAGGAGAAGAACCAAAAAGCAUGGGAAAGAGUGUACCAUCCUGCUACCAUCAGCAACCUGCGAAGCUUGUCAUGGUGAAAAAGGACGGUCCUAACAAGGGCCGUCUCUUUUAUGCCUGUGAUGGACCCAAAGCUGACCAGUGUAAAUUUUUCAAGUGGUUUGAAGCAGUAACUCCAGGAAACUUAGUGGCGGGAGAAUCCCCACCCGUCAAGGUUCUAAGUGAUAUAAAGAGCAUCGGCUUGUACUUGAGAAGCCAAAAGAUCCCUGUGUAUGAGGAAUGCCAGCUUUUAGUGAGAAAAGGAUUUGAUUUUCAAAGAAAACAGUAUGGCAAACUGAAAAAGUUUGCUCCUGUGAAUUCUGAAUUUUGUAAUAAUGAGCCUAAAAGCAAACUUUAUCUUAAGUUGAGUCGGAAGGAAAGUUCUUCAACUUACAGCAAAGAUGAUCUUUGGGUGGUUUCAAAAACCCUGGACUUUGAGUUGGAUACUUUUAUUGCAUGCAGCGCUUUCUUUGGGCCAUCGUCUGUCAGUGAAGUGGAGCUGCUGCCCUUGAAAGGUUAUUUCCCUUCCAACUGGCCCUCUAACACCGUGGUACAUGCGUUGCUGGUCUGUAAUGCCAGCACAGAGCUGACCACUUUGAAAAAUAUUCAAGACCACUUCAAUCCAGCCACGCUGCCUCUCACACAGGGCCUGCUAACAAUGUCUCCAUCAACUCCAGCUACCAACAAACCAGUCAGCAGGAGAAAAUUCACCCCUCCAGCCUUCUCGAGCGUCAGGCCACCACCUGAGCUGCCCAGCCUAGAAGCCGCACUGCGCUUAGCCAGCGAAUUAGCUCAGGCCCACCGGUUAAACCAGGACCAGGCUGCAGCUCUGAACCAGAUAGCGCGGAUGAUGGCGCCACAGCCUGUCCUGGACAACACAGCCCCAGACCGCCCUGCCUGUCCCAUCACCAUCAUCCAUGGUGUUUUUGGAGCAGGAAAGAGUUACUUGCUGGCACUGGUGGUUUUGUUCUUUGUGCAGCUGUUUGAGCAGAGCGAGGCUGCCCCCCUUGGAAACGCUCGGCCGUGGAAAGUGCUCAUUUCCUCUUCCACCAAUGUAGCUGUGGACAGAGUACUCCUUGGGCUUCUCAGUCUGGGAUUUGAAAAGUUUGUCAGAGUUGGCAGUAUUAGGAAGAUUGCCAAGCCAAUUUUACCUUACAGCUUGCACGCAGGCUCAGAGAAUGAAAGCGAGCAGCUGAAAGAGCUGCAGGCCCUGCUGCGGGAGGACCUGAGCCCCGUGGAGAAGGCGUACGUGAGGAAGAGCAUCGAGCAGCACAAGCUGGGCACCAACAGGACACUGCUGAGACAGGUCCGGGUGGUUGGUGUGACCUGUGCCGCCUGCCCCUUCCCGUGCCUGAAUGACCUCAAGUUCCCGGUGGUGGUGCUGGAUGAGUGCAGUCAGAUCACCGAGCCAGCCUCUCUCCUUCCCAUUGCAAGGUUUGAGUGUGAAAAGCUGAUUCUCGUUGGAGAUCCAAAACAGCUUCCCCCAACCAUUCAGGGCUCUGAUGCCGCUCACGAAAAUGGACUGGAACAAACACUGUUUGAUCGACUUUGCUUAAUGGGUCAUGAGCCAGUCCUGUUGAGGACCCAGUACCGGUGCCACCCUGCCAUCAGUGCCAUCGUGAAUGACCUGUUCUAUGAAGGACGCCUGCUGGACGGUGUUUCCGACGCAGAGAGGGGCCCGCUGCAGGACUGGCUCCCCACUCUGUGCUUCUACAACGUGCGAGGGCUGGAGCAGAUGGAGAGAGACAACAGCUUCCAUAAUGUGGCCGAGGCGGCGUUUACACUCAAGCUGAUUCAGUCCCUGCUCGCCAGCGGAGUGGCGGGUUCCAUGAUUGGGGUGAUAACACUGUACAAAUCCCAGAUGUACAAGCUCUGCCAGGCGCUCUCUGCCUCCAACUUGGACCACCCCGACCUGCGGGCAGUGCAGGUGUCCACCGUGGACGCGUUCCAGGGAGCCGAGAAGGAGGUCAUUAUCCUGUCCUGCGUGCGCACGCUCAGCGUAGGCUUCAUCGACUCCGGGCGGCGGAUGAACGUGGCCUUGACCAGGGGGCGGCGGCACCUGCUCAUUGUGGGCAAUUUGGCCUGCCUGAGGGAGAACCGGCUCUGGGGCCGCGUGAUCCAGCACUGCCAAGGGAGAGACGGUGGAUUGCAGCACGCAAGCCAGUUUGAGCCACAGCUGGACCGUCUCCUUCAAGAGUAUUCGGAAGAACAAGCAGCAGCAAAACAAAAGAAAAAGGAAAAACAGAGACUUAAAGACGACGCGGAGUCACAGAAGGCCUAG